UAUUUUAAAACGGGUUGUCGUUGCUGGCUUUACAUAUUAUCUAUAACCAGCAUCGGUUUAACGUCUUUUACACCUGAAAGGUUCAAACUAAGAUAAGUCCUUUAUAGCUAUAUUUUCACAAGUAUAAUUAGUUGUGUUGGUGUGAUUUUGGCAGCGGAUGUGACGCCUGUUUGAGCUGUAGGAUGCUGUACACUGAGGGCUGUGACAGUCCACUGGACGAUCAACACAGGUCUGCAGUCCAAUCGAAUAUUCAUUGCCUCCUAAAUGCUGCAGAUUAACUAAAGGUUUAGUAUUUCCGGUUGUGCACAAGAAGAUGAAUGCUAACUUGUUAAAGAAAAGAAAGUUAUCCAGAAAAAAGAAAACCAAACAACUGCCAAAUUGUGAUAAAGAGCCAUUGGCAACAAAUGGUGAUGGCAUUAGUAUUGACACCAAUGAAACCAAAACAUCUAAUGACAUUCAGGACUGUGCUAUGGACUCCUGUCCUGAGGUCACACAGAUCAAAGCAGAAGAAGGAGAGCUGGAAGCUUUGGGACUCCUAACGCUGUCAUCUGAACAACAACACCAACAACAACAACAGCAGCAGAAGAAAGUCAAUCUGCAGCCUCAUCCUCCUGCUUUCAGAGCAUUCGUUCCAAAGACAGAACCAGACUGUGUCCCUUUAAACCCACCUAGUUUUCAGGUCGAAACUGAGCCUGGCAUCUUUGAAGUGCUGCAGAGAGAGUCUACCUUGAUUGUAAAGGAGGAGAAUGACAGCUGGAAGGAAGUGAAGCUUGAGACACUAGAUGAAAACACUGUGGGUGAUUCAGGCCUGGAGAAAAACACAGCUUCCUCCUCUCUGGUUUUUCCUUGUCCCCACUGCAGUGUGACUUUCACUGACUUUACGUACUUGGACAAACACCUCAAAUGGUGCCAUCGAAGUGAAUACCUGGCAUGGGUGAAAAACCACAAAGUCUACAACUGCUCUAAAAUAUCCUCCGGGAUGCUCAGCUGCUCGUCAUGCCACUAUUGGUUCUUCUCUCAGAGACAGCUGGAGACCCACAUGCGAAGGGCCCACCUCCCUACGCCCAAACCCACCCGAAAGCGCUACACCUGCCCGCAGUGUGAUCGCAGCUUCGAUUACAUCGGUAACCUGCAAAACCACUGCCGCAGAUGCCAUGGCUUAGCCACGGAGUGUAAAGAUGGACAAAUUAGCUGUGCUAAAUGUAGCAAAAGCUUUGCUGGAGUCUGGGGUCUCGGUCCACAUCGCUGCCAUGAGGACGAGAAGAAACCCAAGGAGGCUGUCGACGAACCCAUUUGCACGGACCGUGGCUAUUUGUGCCGAGACUGUGGCAAGAGCUGCUCUACGCUUCAGUGUCUGAAGAUACACAAACGCACUCAUACUGGUGAGAAGCCAUGCGUCUGCGAAGACUGCGGCCGUAGGUUUCAUGAUAAGGGGAGUCUGGGGAAACACAAAGUCAUACAUACAGGAAACCGGCCAUACAAGUGCCCCGAAUGUGGUAAAGAGUUCGCAAGGAUGGCCCAGCUCAGAUGUCAUCUGCGAACCCACACGGGGGAAAGGCCGUACCCUUGCCCCCAAUGCGGAAUGAGAUUCAGCCUCCGAUCUACACUACGAAUCCACCAACAGGUUCACUCUAAGGAAAAAGCAUUUUCAUGCCCAGACUGUGGCAAAAUGUUCUCCGCUCUGAGAUACGUGAAGGUCCACCAAAGAGCGCACAACUCUGAGCGAAUGCUGCAGUGCAGAGAAUGUACCAAGACGUUUUCACGGGAGGACGUGCUCAAGAAACACCUACGCAUUCACACGGGCGAACGACCGUACCAAUGCAACGUCUGCAGCAAACGUUUUGUCCGCAUCUCGCACCUGAAAAACCACAUGCGCACGCACACCGGCGAGAAACCGUACCGUUGCGAGCAGUGCGGCUCCAGCUACGCCCAAUCCGGCGAUUUGACCAAACACAUGAGGAGACACACAGGGGAAAAACCCUUCGCCUGUUCUGACUGCGACCGCCGCUUCAACAACUCCGGCGACUUGAGCAAGCACAGGCGCAGUCACACGGGCCACAGACCUUACAAGUGUGUGGAGUGCGGGAAGAGUUUUCUCUUGCCCCAGCACCUGAAGUUACACAAACUAACACACACGGGCGAGAGGCCGUACAGCUGCCCGCGGUGUCUCCGCACCUUCACUCGCCCGCACCACCUUUCACAACACAUGGAAAAACACAUAUGAGGAGGGAUGGGGGGUGGAUAGCUGCACUACUUCUGUCAAAUCUAAAUUGAAUUUAGGAAAAUGAAUUGGGAGUUCAUCGAUGAAUUGGAAAUCGGUUUAAUUUUUUAAAAGUAACUGAAUCCAGACGCAUAGUCUUCCUUUCUGGACUGUCCUUAAAGGUUUAACAUUAUAGUUAUUUUGCAUGCUCAGCUCCAUUGGAGAUAUCAAAUAGAAUUAAUGCCUUACACUUUUUUUUUGGUAAUAUGGGCAAUAAAUUUGGCCAAAAAACACAGGACGAACUUGUACAGGCGUCAUUAGCAGUGUAGCUUGAAAUGUUCAUUAAUUUAAAGUUCAUAUUUAACCAUUUAAAGACACUGUUGGUUCUACUUCUGCUGUGGCCUAAUAAUAUUCUAUGAUUAUUAUUAUUAUUUUAAUAUUAAUCUGUGAGCUUUAUGAUGGAGGCAUUCAAGGGAUGCAUCAUCUAUAAUUUAAAGGGUCAAAAUUUCUCUGCUGUACUAAAGGCAACUGCAAAUAUGAAUAAAAGAUGAAUAUGAGCCAAAAUUACGUAAGUUUUAUUUCUGUUUCAACACAUUUACACUGUGUAGCAAUGGUCCGUUAAUCACAUUUUGUGUUAAUAUAUGAAAGUAUUUACUUUUGCCUCAUAAAAUUUUAAUCAUAUUUGCAGAUGCCUCGUGUACAGCAUAAAAGCAAUUUUGUGCUUGCUACCCUAAUGCUUUAUGGAGGGCACUGUAAAUCUGUUGAAUUGUGUGUUGAAUUGUCACCAAGUAAAUACUGUACUGGGUUGGUUAUUUUACAGCUUGCUGUUGUAGUUGAUCCAUUUGAUGUAACCGUUCAAUGCCAAAGUAUUCUGAGAGUAAGAUAAUUGUAGAAUUAUUGUGGCUAGUUUGAAAGUAAAUUUACAUUUAUGCUUUGAAGCACUAGUAUUCCUGAUGUAAUAUAAUAAAAAUCAGUAUGAAGAUUUAAGAUAUACGUUCGUAAUUUCACUUUAUUAUUUUGAAAGAGAUGAUGAAAUCAAAUGAGUUGCACUAAGUGGUUUCGUCAUUGUAUUGGCUUGAACUGUGCAUCUGAAACUGUAUUCUUCUCAUCUUAAAACAGUAAAUACAGUAUGUAAACCAUG